AGACUCCGAAAAUUCUCGCGAUCUGCUUUGCGCUCUGAUAAUGACGCCAUCCAUCACCCGCGCCUCGGCGGGAUUUUGGAUCGGCUGUGGGCUACCGAGAGAUCUGAUUUACACCACUCUGCUUCUCCAACAGCCAGACGUGCUCCUCCACGGAAAGUGCACGCGCUCCAAGUUUUCGCGAGCUCGCCUGGGGCCGGAGGGUCGCGGGAGCAGCGCCAGCGCUCUACGGAAGACGGGUGCAUUCAUUUGAAUGGGUGUAAGCUUUUACCAACGUCGCCACAGAAAGUGAGACGAAGGGUGGAGUUCCGUGUGGGUGGUUCUGUUGAGAGCCUGUGUUUAAAUUUUAAAAUAGACCUUUAGUGCAUGUCCGGCACCGUAGCGUGCAAUUAGAGCGCGCACCGUGGAAGUGUCUAGCCACAACUUAUACCGUAAACAUCCCGUCAGGGGCCAAACGCGCUAGACUUCAUCUUGGCAAAACAGUGGUUUUAGUUGGAUGGGAACAGGCGAUUUAACUUUAAAACGCAUGUUAAUUGCUGUCUGUGGAUUAGCGCACAGAUUUUACAUGAGCUGGCGUUCGGCUUUUCAUUAGUCUACUGUUUACUGCUUGCCUCCCUCCCAAACCCUCCGCCCUUCCGUUCAACCCCCGCCCCGGUCUGAUGGACACGUCAAAUGAAAACGUGCGCGCAGUCCACGUUUAUCUCGUCACUCCGCACCCAAAAGCACGAGUUUGCGCAGACCUCUGAGCGGCUCUGUGCACCAUGUUUCCUUUAUUAAAAUGCUUUUUCUCUGCAUUCGGUGCCAGAUGUACAAUCAUACAAUUGGGGAAAAAAGAUGGCAAAUGCGUAUGUUCAAAGAUUUCACGUGUAAGAAGCAAACGUUUUGAAUGCAUUCAAGAUCAAUAAUUCAAAUAAGAGACAACUGAGGGAGUGACUGCUUCCGCGAUCGAAUAGAGGCGCCGAAAAUAGGGCACCCAGUACAGUAGCCUGCGUGCGCACAGGUAGCGCUGCCCCUCCAGGCCCGCUCGCGAGCAUGCGUGCAGCUUUCCGAGGCUAAGCAGCGCGCUGCACAUCGCUGGAAAGCAUUCCGAGAGCAAACCUUCGCGCACCGUCCGACCUGCUGCGCACAACACCAAGCACUUCAACUUUACUGGACGCGGACCCUUCUGGAGGCAUGAAGACUCCUCUGAGCCCUGCUCAGCUGAUGGAGGACGACCCCCCCGCGUGUUACCCCCCACCGGCCUGCGCAGAGCUGGAGGAGGUGGCGGGCGGCCCGGGCGACGCAUGCGGGCCUAGGAGGCUCCUCUACUCCCUGUGCGAGGUCUGCAACAUCCAGCUGAACUCGGCUGCCCAGGCCCAGAUCCACUACAACGGGAAGUCCCACCUGCGGCGCGUGAAGCAGCUCAACCACGCGGAGGGCUCGCCGGCUGGCGCGGGCGUCCCUCCUCCACCGCACGCUCUCGGCGGUAGUACAGGAAGUUCCGGUCAUAACACCUCACUCCCUUCGUUAGUGCGUACCCCUCCACUGAUGAUGCAGUCCAGCCUGGACAUGAAGCCCUUCAUGCCAUUUCCAGUGGACAGCUCCACGCCUGUUGGCCUCUUCGCCAAUUUCAGCACGAUGGAUCCCGUCCAGAAAGCAGUUAUCAACCACACAUUUGGAGUCUCCAUCCCUCCGAAGAAAAAACAAGUUAUUUCAUGCAACAUCUGUCAGCUUCGCUUUAAUUCAGAUAGCCAGGCGGAGGCACACUACAAAGGGAGCAAACACGCCAAGAAGCUCAAAGCCCAGGAGACCACCAAACCAAGAGGUGGCCCCGCCCUCGAUGCCACUGCACAGCCAAUCAGCACUGUCCCCGCCCCCUCCGGCACGGUCACUGACAGCAGCUCUGACCAGUCAGAGAAAAGCGUAGAACCUUCUGCCGCCCUCAGUGCCUCGGCUCCCCCGCGACCCUUCACCUCCGCCACAGCCGCUCCUCCCAACCCUCCUCCCAUGUCCGUCCUCUCCAACCCUCCGCUCGCGUCGUCCGGUCAGCCUGUGGAGGCGGCUGGUCAGGCUCCAUCGCUGAGGAGUGCCCCCAAACCAGCUGGCCGGGCCGAACCCGGCCAGGAGUCCGAGGAGGAGAAAGCCAAGAAGCUUCUCUACUGCUCUCUAUGCAAAGUUGCUGUCAACUCCCUCUCACAGCUGGAGGCUCACAACACAGGUUCAAAGCACAAAACGAUGCUGGAGGCCAGGAAUGGGGCGGGGCCUAUUAAGGCGUACCCCAGGCCUGGGUCGAAACUCAAAAUGCAGGCCAACAUCCUGAAAGGCUCGGGCUUACAGAACAAGACGUUCCACUGCGAAAUCUGUGACGUGCACGUCAACUCCGAGAUCCAACUCAAACAGCACAUCUCUAGCCGGAGGCACAAGGACCGGGUAGCAGGCAAACCCCUGAAGCCCAAGUACAGCCCUUACAACAAGCAACACCGCGGCUCCAUCUCCCUGGCUAAGCUAGCCUUUCAGAAGGACCUGAUGAAGCCCAUCUCACCCAGCUUUCUCUCCACACCCUUCUCCCCUACCACGAUGCCCUCCAUCUCGCUACAUCCACGCCCCAACGCUUCCAUCUUCCAGACUGCCACGCUGCCUGCCUCUUUCCUCCGGGCGGCGCCAGGACCCAUUCGCCCCUCCACCGGCUCGAUCCUUUUUGCCCCUUACUGAGACCCCACACCGGCCUGGGGCGGGCGGGAGAAGCACCUGGGUGACCAUGUCGGACGGCCCCACCCCUGAGCACACAGGCCUCGGAGCCGCACCCAGUGCCGCAUGCCCCGCCCACCGGCAGAGAUGAUGCCCAAUCGGCUGUCAGAACUACACGGCCAUUAAAAUAAUAAUUUUUUAAAAAAUCAAAGAAGAAAACGAAACAGAAACUUCUUUUCCUCAAAGUUCCAAGCUCUUAGGAGCUGCUGGAGGGCGUGUGGAUUCCCGCAGAAGGAAAGAUUUAAAAAAAAUGUUUGAACUGCUUCCUGAUUGACUUGAAUGAUCAUGGUCUUCCUAUUCAUCUGAACCGACAGUUCCACAUACGCACGCACACACAUGCUGUAAUGGAAAUGACGCUGAAAAACAAUCGAAAAAUCCUCAAUUCAUCGGGGAGUAUGUGUUGAGUCCGUGGCUCGAUGUCGUCAGGGAGUCCAUGAUGCGGUUUUGGCCAACGUGCUGUCCUGUGUUGUGUAGUCGGUGGACUUACCCACACCUGCUUUCCACUUCCCUUCCACAACUGUUCUCUUGGUUUCUGCGCUGAUGUCGUAACUAUAGUUUCCUUCCCAUGGCUCCCAAAGAAAUUUCAUCCUUAACUGCUCAGUUCAUAUUAAACUUGGUCCAUGUUAAAUCUGGUUCAUCCGCGCAAACACAGAAAAGAUGCGCACACGUUAAGGUUGUCAGCUGUCCCGUUUCCAUUUUUAACAAAAAAUGAAUUGGAUCCGUUUUCUCAUAUUGGAACCUUCCGGACAGCCACAGGUCUUUCAUCUCUGUGAUACCUUCAUUUUGUACUGAGGCUGCACUAAUCUGCAGUUCUUUGGCCAUGCAAUAAUGUACAGUGUGUUCAAUAUUGAAUUCCCCGUAGUGUAUUUAAUGUUUACCUAAGAUGUUGCAAUACUAAUUGUACUUUAUGGUGUGGAGGAGAUGCUAAGACACAUAGACACAUUUAUUUGUAUUUUUAGAUCAAAGAAAGAGAAAUUACCAUUCACAGAUAAUUCUUUAUUUCAUAGAUCAUCAUAUGUAUGAGAGUAUGUACAUAAAGAUAUUUCAUUUUCAAUAAAAUAAUAUAUUUAAAUGAUUUUCUUCCAAAACUUAUAUUGUACAGUACUUUUUCGUGAACAGAAGAUCCAUAUUAAAAUUUUCUUUAUGCUUUCUAAUAGGACAGACCUAAGGAUGUAUUAACAUAAAAAACAUGCUAGAUGAAAAGAAAUUUCCUGUCCAAAAUGUACAGUAUUUAUUUUGAGAAACAUUUUUAAUGAUGCAGUCGAUCCAGAUGCAUUUCAUCUUAUUAUUUCGAUACAGAUUUAUUUAUUUGUUGGUUUUUAAUAUGUGGUGGAUGUUGGUCUGUUAUUCCUUUGUGUUUCUUUUAUUAAACCCCCAGUCUUGAA